AUGCAAGCCAUUGUAACUUAUAUUCCGUCGUGCCAUAUUACUUGCCGCUCUCUCUGGACAAUCGUUUCUACGUGCUUGCUCACAGUCUUCGCCUGCGUCUACACUGCUGUACAUCACAACGUCCCAAGCCCUUAUGACAGACGACUGCGACUCAUUUUCAGAACUGUCUGGACUAUCAUGUGUGGUAUAGGUACCCCUGAGCUCAUCGUCGUCUGGGCUGCACGUCAAUGGAUCAGCGCACGUUACUUUACCAAGGAGAUGAACCAAUGGCUUUCAGACGAGAAACAUGAAUCUUGGACAGACGCGCACAGCUUCUAUGCAUAUAUGGGCGGUUUCAUGAUCUAUCACAAUGGCAGGCCAUACUCAACAAUCACACCACGAAAUUUAUUGCAAUGUCUCAAGGAUGGCCACAUUGAUCCAAUCAAGCUCACGAUAAUAGAAGUCGAUGACUGUAGCAAAGGCGACUUUAUUUCGAAGGGAUUGGUUAUCGUUCAGGUCGCUUGGUUUGUCAUACAGCUGGUUGCACGGCAUUUGGGCGGUAUCGCUGUGACGCCACUUGAGAUCGGCACAGUGGCCUUUUCUGUCCUUUGUUUUGUCACGUACGUUUUUUGGUGGGAAAAACCGCUAAAUGUUCAA